CCCCGAGUAGUAUUCCAUUGUAUAUAUAUGUACCACUUCUUCUUUAUCCAUUCAUCAGUCAAUGGACAUAUGGGCUUUUCCCAUAAUUUGGCUGUUGUUGAUAGCACACUGUUACUUGUUCUUAAGUGUGUGGUACAGUUUUCCAGAGAAACCGUCUGGGCCUGGAGAUUUCUUUCCUGAAAGUUUUUAACAAUGAUAUUUUAGAAAUAUAUGUAUGUUUUUCAGAUUACCUGGGUGGUGGUUUUUUGUUUUUUUGGUUUUGUUUGGUUUUGUUUUGUUUGGGUUGAGCUUUAAUAGUUUGUGUCUUUCAAGCAAUUGUUCUGUUCCAUCUCAAUUACCAAAUGUAAGUGCAUAGAUUAUUUGUUAGAAUCCAUUCAAAUUCUCUGGAUUCUGUAACCUAUUUCAUUCUGGAUAUUGGUAAGUUGUGCCUUUAUUUUACUUAUCUUUCUUUUUGUGUCAGUCUGGAUAGAAAUUUAUGAAUUUUAUUGACCUUUUCGAAGAACCAGCUUUUGGUUUCAUUGACUAUCUCUAUUCUUUUCCUGAUAUUUGCUCUAAAUCCUGUUUUUCUUAUUUUCUUGCUUUAUUUUUAUGUCCUGUUUCUAGUUUCUUAAGGUGGAAGCUUUCAUUAUUAACGUGGGUCCUUUCUUCUUUCUAAUACAAACAUUUGAUGCGGUACAUUUAACACUAAGUACUGCUGUAGCUGCAUCCUGCAGAUUUGGAUAUGUUGUAUUUUCGUUUGCAUUCAGUUCAUCUGAUAAAGGGUUAGUAUCCAAAAUAUUUUCUAAUUUCCCUUGAGCCUUGCCAUUUGCACCAUGGGAUUAUUUAGACAUGUAUCGUGUAAUUUCCUUGUGUUUGGAGAUUUUCCUCUUCACAUUUUCUUACAUAUUGGGGUUUUUUUUUUCUUUUGCUCAGGCAACAUUCUCUGUAUGAUUUUAACUAUUUUAUAACUUCUAAUAUGUGUUUCGUGACCCAGGAUGCAGUCCACCUUGGUGAAACUUCCAUAUGUGAAGGGUUCUAUACUUGUCAGUUACAUCCAGGUAGUUCACAGUGUUCAGUUCAUCCGCAUAUUGCUAAUUUUCCUUCUAUUCCUUCUGCAUAUGACUGAGAGAGUGUUGACUUCUAUAACUGUUACUUGUAGAUUUGUUCAUUUAUCCUUCAGUUCUGUCUGACUUGGUUAUGUAUUUCGAAGCUUUGUUAUUGGGUGUUGUGCAGAGAAGAGUUAACAUAGUAGGCCUGAAACUACUGUGCUUACAAACAUCAGCAUGUUGGCCCUUAUCUUGCAUCCGGGAACUUGAAUUUCAGAAGGUUUCCCACCAUUCCCUACCUGAGCAGGGUGCUUUAUUCUUCCUAAACUGUCCAAACAAUAUGUUUCAUGUUAAACAUCUAUGAAACAUCUCAACACAUAGACAUCUAUGAAAAUACCUUUCCUUCUGGGAAUCUGAAAUCUUGGUCUGUGCUGGGCAGACAGUGCCUACGUGACCAGCCUCCAUCCCAAACCUCUGACGCUGUGUUACUCACGAGGUACCCUUGGUAGACAGCAUUUCACAUGAGUUAUCAUGAUUUGUUGCUGAAGGCACAAAUUGUGUGACUCUCCUGGGAAAGGACUCUUGGAAGCUUGCACUGGUUUCCUCCAGAUGUUACCCAGGGCACCAUUUCCCCUGGGCAAUUUUGCUUUCUAUCCUUUUGCUGUAAUAAAUCUUAGCCCUGAGGAUGACCUUCACGUCCUCCUGGGGAUGCAGCAGAAGCAAGGGUGGUCUUGGGACCUCCGAAACCAUGGUGGCAGCCAUGGGACUCACUAGCAGGAAAACCCUGACUCACUAAAAUAUGGUGGAAGACUUUGCGUAAAGAAAGGAUGGCACGGUAGAGAUGAUAAGCUGCUUGUGCCUCAGUGACUAUGGAUGUGCCCACGAUAUGAAAGAGCAGCUGAGCUGUUCUGAAAGGCCAGGGAAAAGGAUCCAGACCUUCCCAAAGGUGAACAAAAAUGUUGAAAGUUUAACUUGCUGUCUCCUGCACGUGGGAGAAGACAAAUUUAAUUGGUUGCCUGGGCUAGAAAAAGCUUUACAUAAACCAGAGGCAAAGACGGAGGGGAAGGCAUUCCAGCCUUGUCUUCAGCUGGCUUACUGCUGCUGUGGCUGCGCCUCCCAGCAUUCCAACCAGGAUGUCCCCUGUAUGGUCACCCGGAGAAUCACGUGUGCCCGCUAGGAUUACCCUUCCUGUGUGUGUGCCCUGACCAGCCCGACACUGCCUCAGCCUGGAAGACUUUCAGGUCAGGUUCUGCUUCUCGACCAGUGUGUGCUGUGCCUGAAUUUGUGCGUCAGGCCAGCUAAAAAGAAGGUUCUUACUAAGCAUCUGGGUCCUUCUGGCCACACACCUCCCUUGCUAGCUUCCAGCUCUUUGACAACCUUUGUCUUCAGCUUGCUGUCUAGACCAAGGGCCAGGUGGAGCUGUGAGCAUGGACCACACCUCCAUGGAUCCGCUCCGGAAAUGCAGCUCAACACUGAUUUCUGAGUCUUCCCCGAUGAUCUCUGAAGAGACCUCCCGGGAAGUCACGGCAGCCUCCUCUCCUUCCUUCUCGGAACUGCUUAUGAUGGGCCUGGGUGACCUCAAAACCAGUCCUGGCACCAAAUACCCUGCCCCUCUUCCAGAGGGGCUGCUCCAGCAGCGCUACAGAGAUGAGAAAACCCUACAAGAGAGGCGGUGGGAAAGGUCAGCGUCCCCUCAGAGGAAGAAAACCCUUCUGGGGCACAUGAGACGGCGGCACCUCGAUCAGGUGGCACCUUAUCGGGUGGAGAGGAAAGCCAGGAUCUCCUCCUCAGGUGAUAGAGAUCAGAACAGAUUCAGAUGCGAAUGUCGAUACUGCCAGAGCCAUAGGCCAAAUGUCUCUGGGAUGUCUGCGGAGAGGAAAGGGGCCCCCCAUGCUUCCUCCUGGGAGACACUGGUACAGGGCCUCAGCGGCUUGACCCUCAGCCUGAGCACCAGCCGACCUGGCCUGCUGCCCGAAGGGGUGCUCCAACAGCAGGAAAGAGACGAGAAGCUCCAACUGGAGAUGCAGCAGGAAAGCAAAAGGAUGUUUCAGAGGCUCCUAAAGCAGUGGUUGAAAGAAAACUGAUGCUCUCAUCCUCACGUGACGCAGGUCUGAAUGGCUCCAGACAUGAUCCUGAGCGUGGAUUUCUUUUGGGGACCAACCAGUAAGCAGUCGUCAGAGAAGUGACAAGAGCAGCGUUGAUGACUGAAAAUUCGAUCGGCGUGAGCCCUCAUCCAAUCCCAGGAAGGUUCUGUCUUUCCUACCUUGAAUUUGUGGAUCCCUGUGGGGCUUUCUAUGGGACACCGCAUACCCCAGGGGUCCGUAACUUCCUUAUUAUGGCUCCCGUGAUGCAUGUUGUCACUUUCCCACCCCGAACUCUGCCUCUCCUCCCUGCCUUGUUGUCAGUACGGUAGAGAGCUUCUCUGUAGCAUGAAUGCCCCGUUGAUGAUGGCCAUGUGCUUUUGUGCCAUUUCACGGACUGCCUCCCAGCAGCAGCACUGGUCUGCUGGAAUGGACGUGUGCUGAACGGAGAUCCACUUUCAAGAGACUGACGCUAAAGGAGGUGCAGAAAGGGACAUGGAACUGGAACUUGGUGGUUCACUAUUGUGUUGUCUGUGUAAGCCGUUAUGAGUAUGCUGAGCUAAAUGUAGAACAUUGUUUCCCUGCUUUAUAACACGGAUGGUAUUCCCCUCGAAGGAAUUUCUGACCCGUUACCUCAUCAUCCUUGCCAAAUAAAUAUACAUAUAAAAAAAACCCUAA